CGCUAACCCCCCAUCUGCUAAUCGAACCCCUUUCCUCCGGCCCGAGGGGCGGGCGCCGACCUGGGCAUCCUCUUCUCGAAGAAGACAAAUCGGCACAGGCACAACCUUCCAGAGUUGACUGUGCUGAUUUCUCGGGUCGGCGCGGUGGCCCCCCACCCCCUGGCGCGCGGAGCGCGCCAGGGGCGGCGCCAGCGGCGCCCCCCAGGGCUCCAGCGCCGAUGCAAGAAAUCUGCACGGACCUCCGAAAGUGCAUGCUCACGCCGAUGUCGAUUCUUCCAGCCUCCACGCGCGCGAGCACCCGAGGGAGUUCGUCAACCGGCUCGGCCCCCUGCUCCCAGUCUGCCACCCGGGGGCGGGGGGCCAGCGCGAUCCGCGCCGCGGCACUCGCUGCUCGAUCCGCGACCCGGGCUUCGGCGGCCGCAACUUCCUGUGGCUCAUCUCCACGGGCGAGGUGUGUCGGCUGGAGGUCGGGAGCGUCGAGUGGCCGACGGAGCUGCUCGCGGCCGGCGGCGGGAGCCCCUUCUGCACCGUGGACGAGGGCAGCUUCGGGAUGCAGCUGGGGUCCGUCUACUUCUUCCCUGGGGCGGUGCCGCACGCACCCGCACAGGGGGCCCUGCGCGACCCAGCCGUGGCGGCCCUGCUGGACGCCUCGUCCGUCUGCGGGGCCUCGGCCCAGAGAGACCUCCUGUGCGACCCGCACCACGGUUUCCCCAGCGACUGGCACCUGGGCGCGCUGCUGGCCAGAGCCCCGCCCUCCGCCGAGCUCGGCGCCGCCCUGCGGGCCCUGCCGGAGCUCGACGAGCGGCUGCUGUCCCUGCUCGGCGAGGCGCCCCGGCACGAGGAGCGCGAGGGCGCGCGCAAGCGCCGGCGCAGGCUGGGCGGGCCAGAGCGACGGGCAGAGCUGCUGCCACUGGCCCGCGCAGAGGCGGCGAGGCGCCGCGCAGGCGCCGCCCAGGCCGCAGAGUGCCGAGCGGAGGCGGCGCGUCACGAGCUCCUCGCGCGGGGCGUCCUGCCAGAGCACGCCGAGCAGGCGCUGUCGCUGGCGGGCGGCAGCGCCCUCCGCGCGGAGGCCGUGCUGCGCGUGGCGCUAGAGCGCUACCGCCAGCCCGGCGACCGCGCAGCGGACGGAGGCGCAGGGCACACCGCGGCUGGCGACUUCGACAUGGCGCUCGCGAGCCGUGUGCUGUACGACAUCUCCCCGUGGCUGGGGGGACAGCCGUGCUUGGCGCUGGAGGCGCUGGGGCUCGCGGCAGGCGACACGUCGCCAGGCGCCCUUGAGCGAGCCGUCGGGGCGAUCGCUGAGAGGCAGCAGCACGCCUUCAGCAACGAUGUCGCGGCGCGCGUUGACGCCGCCAUCGAAGCCGCCGCUGGCAGCGUGCUUGCUGCCGUCAGAGCGGUCGGAGCGGCCAGCGGCCCGUGUGCUGCAGCAGUACCGCCCGCCGCUUGCGCCUCGGCUGGCAUGGUGGGCGGCCCGGCCGCCGCAGCAGCGCCAAGCGCUGCGGCCAGCACAUCGACCGACGCUGCCGGCAGCGCGCCUGUCGCAGCAGCGUCCCCCGCCUGCGCCAGCGCAUCUGCGAUCGCCACCACCAUGGGAGCUCCCGCACCCGCCGGCACCUCGGCUGCCCCCGAUGCCGCCGAUGCCACGGCCGCGCCCGCGCCCGCGGCCGCGCCCGGUAGCGCCUCGGUUGCGGCCGGUGCCCCAGUUGCCGACGGCCCUCUGGCGGCGGAGAGCGAGGUGUGGACCAUACCUCCAGGGCCACAGGCGCCGUGCAGGGAGUACUCCGCGUAG